GUUGUUUUUGAUUUGCAUUCACAAUCAUGAUAAAUUUGAAUUCUUUUUGCAGUCACUGAUUAUCUUUCUUAUAUUUAAGAGGUGUGUCCAAGAGAGACUACUUGAAAGCUCAGAAACAGCUGUUUGUACUUGAAUUUGUCUGUGGUCCGUGUAAGCGCAGUCAGGCGGUGAAUAUAUCUACAAAUGGAAUCGAAACAGCACUUCACUCAACACUGAUCAACGAAUCAACAACAAAUGAAGAUACAUAUUUUGGUACCUUUCAUCUAGAGCUCAGCUUAAACACCACAAAUGCUGAUAGUACCGUUGACAGUACCGCCGAUAGUUCCACUGACAAUACCACUGACCGUACGUUUGAUGUAAGCAGAGUCGACCCUCCAAACACUACAGCGUUUACGGAACCAUCCAUCAAUGGAAUGGACCUUCAAAUGUCCACCACCAACCUUGAGGAACCCAUUGGUGUCCAGUUUACAGUCAUUGAGUAGGGUACACUCAAGAAAUGCAACAAACUUGUGUCUUCCGAUGGAUUUGCUUACAUCAUUAAGAAGACCACUAAAAAGGCUGUGCAAUGGCGAUGUAACCAACGGCGUACUGGUCAGAUCUGUUAUGCCUCUGUUCGACAAGAGGGUGACAUAUUCAGCCGGGGAACCACGGCACACAAUCACCCAGCCGACCCACUGAUGGGUCAGAAGGUAGAGAUAAGCCGAGAUUUAAAACGUGUGGCACUCAGUGAUGUCCAUGAACCUACCGAUUCGUAUGUAGAAGGUCAGCUGAAGAAACAUUUCAAGGACCAUGUUUUCCAGAAUGGCGAAAUCCCCAAACCAGCAUCCUUAGCGCGUAAAAUGGACCGUGCACGCCAGCAAGUACGGCCAAAGGAAUCUGAAAAUCUAGAUUUUGAGGUUGACACUAACUUUCUUAAGGAUAAGUUCCUGGUAGGUGAUGUAUGGGUUGACGACAAUGGACAUAUAAUGUUUGCCACAAACCAACAACUUCAACUCCAUCAGAAUGCCAGGAAGUGGUACCUUGACGGGACAUUCAGGGUUGUCAAAAAGCCGUUCAAGCAACUUUGGUCAAUUCAUGCUAUUCAUACGGGAGGGUGAGUCAAUGAAACAGGUUCCGUUAAUGUUCGUUCUGAUGUCAGGACGCAGGAAACAGGACUACAUAGCCAUUUUACAGAAAUUACUUGACAUUCUUCCAGAAGCUCCUGCCGUUGAGUGCUUCUGUAUGGAUAGGUUUGUGGCAGGCACUUCGACAGGUAUUCCCUGGAACUGUUCUGAAAGGUUGCGCAUUCCAUUGGUCCCAAGCUGUGAUAAAAAAUAUGAAGGAAUAUGGUCUCACCAGAACGUACAGGGAACGUUCAACUCUGCACCAGCUGAUCAGUAAGCUGCUUGCUUUACCAUUCCUUCCCGGCAGGAAUAUUGUAAGAGCUUUUCCUUGCCUGAAAGAACGCGCUGAUACUUGUUCAGAAAAUGUCCGUGAUUUCUUUGAAUAUGUAGAACACACAUGGGUUGACAGCACACUUUUUUCAACGGAGGAGUGUUCUGUGUACAAGCAGCCUGUGCGCACCAAUAACAAUACAGAGGGCUGGCACAGGAAACUGAAUUCCGAAGGCUGGUAAAGGAUCACUACAGUUUUACGUCUUGGUACCACUUCUGCUUGAAGAGGCCAAAACGGUCAACAUCCAUCACCAGCUGGUAUCGCAGCAGUCCCUUAUAAGGAACAGAAGGGCUGUGUAUAUAUCAAUGGACCAGAGAGUUGGGGAGCUAUGGGACCAGUACGACAACCACGACAUUGCUUGUGAAGAGUUUCUGACAAGAGUCGGAGAAAUUUAUGGACGUAUUUAGGGAUUUAUGUAGAUUCGUAAGAGGAUACAUAAUGAUAGUGUGAAAGGCUUGUUUGUACAAUUUAUAUAAAUGUAAAUGUUGUAAAAUAUAUUUAUUAUUAUAUAUUUUCAUAGUCAUUCAUGAUAAGGAUCGUUAUUGAUUUUGAACAAUAGCUGUUAUAAUUUAUGUACAUAUUUUCUUUUAAAAUGAACUA